AUGGUCCGAUUGGCGCUCGUCGCCACAGGCUGCCUGGCGGCACUGCCAGCAACAGCAGAAGAUGUAAAUGCUUUGGAGGCAAUGAUGCAACUUUUCCUUGGAAAGCGGUAUAUCUCUUGUUUUUGAUGUCACGUAACUUCUACUACAAUAAACACUAAUAUCUUAAGUAUUUAUUUUAUACGUACUCAAAAACAAAAUGAUGCCCUUACAAAGAAAAUGAUUACAUAGAAAUCCUUCGCGCCCACAAUUGAAAUCCUUCGCGCCCACCAAGAAAUGCCCUUCGCGCCUUUCCUUCGCUGAAUAUACUUACACCAAAAGCGAUCCAGGGAAGUCGCAGGUCCAAUCCGAACGGACUAGCGUCGUCGUGUAUACUUACACCGUCAUCAAGAUCAGAGGGCAGCACGUGGUGGACUACACUGGCCUUAUCUUCCUACUCUCAAAACAUAGGGUCCCGUCUAGAUUGUCCCUGCAUCGAAUCUUCCUACUCUAUCCAAACCAUAGGGACUCGUCUAAAUUGGGACUGUCCUCGACGUUGGACCAAAAGUUGUUGGAUGAGCAGUGGGCCGAAUGGAAACGCCUCUAUGGCAGAAGCUACGCUACCGCAGCCGAAGACAGCAAGAGGAAGGCGAUUUUCGCAGACAAUUUGUUAAGGAUCGAUAAUACAAAAAUUUGUAGUUCGUUGGUCUUCAUCCUGUUGUUGAUAGAAGAACUAGAAAUAGUAAUGCAAUGUCGCGAUUUUUAGAAGUUUACAGUGGAAGGUGCUCAUCAUGGUCAUGCGAAACAAGACGUAAGUAGUUGUACUAUUAGACGCGAAAGGCACGACUGCUCGACCUCGAUGUGCAGCAGCCAUAACGACCUAACCUAACCUAGCAUCAAAUAUGAAUAGAUAAGAGCACUAGGACCUCGUUCAUGACCUGGGUCUAAUUUUUAGCCGAGCUGCGCGUCAGAAUGCGAUGGAUAAGAACUGGGUGCCUUACGGCCAUCUGAGUCCUUUGGCUGAUCGCAAGCCCAACGAAGUUUUGAACCCUAAUGCGGGUUUGACACGUCCGGGACACGACGAGGCCUUGCUGAAAACGACUAUGGUACGUAUGAUUCGUGUCUUAUAGGCCAUGCUGAAAACGACUUGGCAUUAAGUAGAUUGUAUGGUUCUGGUAUUUCGUAACCUGAAUUUGAUCACAAGGGUUCUCUUCUUGUUUUCCCUUAUAAUCAAACUCAGGCUACCAAAUACCAGAACCAUUCAUAGACUUUAAGUAGAUGCUUUUGAAUGGAGUCGUGUAGGUGUAGGGUGUGUGGUUUUGUUAGGAAUGAUGUUAAAUUUUGCAUCUUAUUAAUGGACUAACGUUUCUGACAGAGACAGACAUGUGAAGUAGUUAUCUAUCACAGAUUUGAAUGCCUUUAUUUGUCCUGAUCACAGCAGCCCGGGCUGUGAGGCUUACCCACGCCAGGACUUUCAAUCUUGAACUUUCACUUUGUAAUUGAACAGGAGGUCUAUGUAAGCCAACUCUUGGGAAUGUUUUUUUCGACAUUCACAACAGAGCGCGCCCCUGCUUCUCAAAGGAAGGGAUGCUGCCGACGUCCCAGCUUCUUACAGUUGGCUGGAAAAGGGAUACACCAAUCCGGUGAAAAACCAAGGUCAAUUAAGGCGGGUUACUUACUAAAGACACUGGAAGUACUUAGCGUGUAGCCGAGGAGAAGCUACCGAUGUAACUACGUGCUCAAAAAUCACCUCGUCGAGGAACCAGAUUACUUUAGACUGUACUUCGCAGGGGUUUUGGUCACGUUUGAAAUUGGGAACAGGAGCAGUGCUUUAGACUGUACUAACUUCGAAGUAGUUUUGGUCACGUUUGAAAUUGGGAACAACUACAGUGUUGACAACUUCUUUAUCUUUUUUCUUCUGCUUCUAAUUCACUGUGGGUCCUGUUGGGCCUUUGCUACCUCCGCGAAUGUCGAGGGAGCUGCCUUGGUGGAAUUGAACGAACUUUACUCGCUGAGUGAACAACAGCUCGUCGAUUGCGAUGGUAAGGACAAUGGCUGUGACGGAGGUCUCCCGGAGCAAGCGGACAAAUGGCUGAUCGCUAAGGAUGUGGGGUACUUCUCUCUCAGAUUUCUACUAUGUAUCGUUGUAAGGACCACUCAGAAGAUUUCUUCUAUAUAUUUAUCGUUGUAAGAAUGUGGGGCAUCAAUGCCAAUACUCGUCUCUCAGAUUUCUCUUGUGCUGGGGCAGGACUUUCCCUUUAUAUCAUUUCUGUCUUCACGACCUUCUUUGGUAACUACUUAUUUGUUUUGACGAGUACUUAGUCGUUUCAUGAUCUCAACGAGCUGCAGCAUACUCAUCGACAUGCUCAUUGAUUGAUCUCCACUCACGACGACGACCGUUGCAAUCCUUUUUAUUGGUUCACUUUCUGUUUCUUUUUUUCAAUUCUCUAUUUUUUACCCGCUCCUACUCGGCUUUCAUUCUUGAGUGUACAAGAGUGGUGAGAGAAUCAUGCUCGUUCCUCCCUCGACUCGUUCUUGCUCAACUACCAGAAUAUCAGGGACUCUGACGGACAACUUGUUCACUUUCAAUUAGAAGAAACUUGUCAAUGUCAAAUUCUCAAUUGAAUCCACCCCAGACUCGAGCGCGAGCAGGCAUAUCCGUACAAGGGUGAGGUCGGUCCCUGCGUGCAGGAUCCGAAGCGUGAGCGCAUCUUCGUUCACAGUUUCGUCAAGAUUUCGGAUAUGGAGGAUGAAAUGGCUGCAGCCCUGAUGAAGUACGGGCCACUUUCUUUAAGGGCAAGCAGGCUUUAGCUUUAGUAAGUAGAUGGGUGUUUCUUGUUUCUGUUGUUACAACCGUCUUUAGCUUUAGUAAGAUGGGCGUUUCUUUUCUGCUACUACAACCGUUUGAUGUUAUGGCUCUCGUCCUAGUGAGGGAGGAGAGCAUAUGCAUAACCACGAACGGGGAGCAGGGAACAGAAACUAACACCAAAAGAACCAUGCUACCUCUAAUUUCUAUCGGAAUCAACGCAAAUCUGAUGCAAAUGUAUAUGGGAGGAGUAGCCGAGCCGGAUCCAGAGGCGUGUUAAGGCUCAUAGAUACUCAUACUUGCUCAUUUUUCUUCGUGGUCUUCUUCCUCUUUGCUUCUACUUCCUCUCAUAUUCGAAAAUUACCAAUACCAAGCACUUUCUCUUUCAGAAAGAGAAAACGACAAAAACAUUUAUAUUUCUUAGAAGGUCUCAAUGAACUGCAGCUAGCUACUGUGAGUCGUUUGUGUAAUGUACUUAAAUUGUAAAAUACUACAGGAGUGACUAUGAAAUAUUAAACACUAAUGCUAUAGUACAACUACAACUUUCAUUUCCAUAUUUUUGAUCAGUCAAAAAUCCAGUGCCUUCACAAAUUAUAUUGAAUGAAUCAUACAAAGAUACACGCACUUCGUCGUACGCUCUAAUGUUACGACCCAGAAGAGUUGAACCAUGGCGUGACCUUGGUUGCGUUUGGCGAGGAUGCAGCAGUGAUGGGUGACCCCUUCGCGAUCAAGAACGUCAUUUCGUCGCAGUUGGCCCUUCAGACCCAAGGUGCGGUCACGCUCGCUCGCAAAGCUGCUGGUACCACGAAAGUUAAGGCUAAGUACAAUAUUACACGCAUCUCCAUGUUGAUCUUCCCAACUACAACAAGCUUCUUAAUAUAUAAGUCUAGAAGUCAGUUUCUCAAGAAGGGAAAAUUGAUGCCGGCGUGAUUUGUUUCUCCAGCAGGGAAAUGGGCUGCACCAGCAGCAAGAUGCUGCUGCAGAUGGAUUUAUCUUUAUCAUAUAACUCGAUUUCUAAGAAAGGCGCUCGUCUUGGUUCGCCGAUUGACGUGACGUCGUUGAUGCAUCCGUUUUUGGUGCAGAAGGAAGGCUCGACCAAGAAAUGGUGGAAAAUCCGCAACAGCUGGGGCCCCGAGUGGGGUGAGGACGGUCACUACCGAAUCAUCUUACGAUACUUUGAUCAGCUCGACUUGAGGACUAUUUACUCAUACUUCAUAGUUGUUCAUCGACGCUAGUAAUAUAAUAUGAUCAUGUGAAGAGCAUAAGCGUAACAACAAGCGUAUUAUUUUACAUUUAUGGAGGAUAGUUGUGCUUCCAAGGUCCACUCGAAUAGACUAUCAUCAUCAUCAUCAUCAUCAUGGAUAGCUGUGCUUACUGCUUCUAGUACUUCUCGCAGUAUAUUACGAUGAAGUCGAUGACGAUGAUCUAGGACAUUUUCAUCACUUUUCUCAGUUAUUAUCACUUUUAGGUUUUGUUUAGAUUUAGCUUGUUCCUCUAGCUCCUCGCUCCAAAGGACACUCGCAGUGUUCUUCUAAUGAAAAGAGGCAAGGGCGCUUGCGGACUGAAUCAAAUGGUCACCACGGCCACGAAUAUCCGCAAGCAUCCCAAGGAAUCCGACAUGACCAAGACCGCUGAAACCAAGGUUAGGGAAACGAAGGACUGAUAACUGAUUAAUAACGUGAUAGGAUCUACUACGAAGUAUUGAAUAGUGCCUGUAACUGUAAGGUUAAACUGUCAUCAUCAUCAACACUGACAAUUAAGAAGUGUCUAGUAAUUACUUACAGUAUCAAAAAUUAUCAAACUAGAAGUACAACCUGCAACUAAGCACUUUUGUCUUCAACUUCUAUCAGAUAUGGUAUAUGAGUACCUUUUUUCUCUAUCUCUUUCAGAUGGAGUGGGCAAGUCCUUGCGAAUAUGUACGUAUCGCCAUAAUUUGAAGUAAGUACCUAAUAAAUAGAUCGAAUAUAAUGAAUGCCGAAACAAGGCUAAGAAGAAUGAAAGUGACUGGCAACUAGUAAAAGUUCUAAGAAGAUUGCAUCGCAAGCUAUCCAGAGCGCGGUGGACGCGAAGACCUCGUCGAAGGUGGAACUCUACGUCUAA